GAAUAUGGAUUACUAUGGCUUCCCCCCCCAUAACGUCCCUCCAACCCGCAACCCUCCCCUUUCCCACUCCCUCUCCCCUUCCAUUCACAUCAAGAUUCAUUUUCGAUUCUCUUUAUAUACAGAAGAUCAGUUUAGCAUACAUUAAGUAAAGAUUUCAACAGUUUGCUCCCACACAGAAACAUAGAGUGAAAAAUACUGUUUGAGUACUAGUUAUAGCAUUAAAUCUCAAUGUACAGCACACUAAGGACAAAGAUCCUACAUGAGGAGUAAGUGCACAGUGACUCCUGUUGUUGACUUAACAAAUUGACACUCUUGUUUAUGGCAUCAGUAAUCAACCUAGGCUCUUGUCAUGAGCUGCCAAGGCUAUGGAAGCCCCCUGAGUUCACUGACUCUGAUAAUUUUUAGACAAGGCGCUGCGGCUCACCAGGCUAAUCCUCCGCCUUGCGGCGCUGGUACACCGGGUUCUAGUCCUGGUCGGGGCACCAGAUUCUGUCCCGGUUGCCCCUCUUCCAGGCCAGCUCUCUGCUGUGGCCAGGGAGUGCAGUGGAGGAUAUGAUUUUCAUUGUAACAUUUAUUUUUAGCAAAAGUGAGUAAUGGCGAUGAGUGAAUAUUAUUUAUUCAAAUCACUAUGCUAUGAAGAGAGGAAUAAUGAUAACUGAAGAGGCAGUGAGCUUAUUGGGGAGUUUUUUUCUAACUGUCUCUCACUGAAAGAACUCGAACAUGCUUAAAAACUGAUGGGAUAACACCAAUAAAAAAGAGGAUGAAGACUCAAGAGAGCACGUGAUAGAUGGAAUGAGGACCAUAGGAAUCAGAAAAGGAUGCGCUAGAGAACACAGAUGGAAGUAUGGGAUUUAUUAAGAUGGAUCUGUGGUUUCAUGUCUGCCAUUAAUUUUUGACAAUUUUAAGCUAUUAGUAUAUCAAUAUUUCUUAUAUUCCUUUCACUCUGUAGUCUACUUUUGGUAUUCCUAUUAUGCAUGCCACUGCUUUUGUAUUUGUCCUACUGUUUUGGGGUAUUCUAUUCCAUUUUUUCCAUUAUUUUUUCCUUUUGAAUUUCAGUUUUAAAAGUUUCUAUUGACAUAUUCUCCAGAUUAUAUCAGGCAUAUCCAGCCUGUUAAUAACCUCAUUAAAGGCAAUAUUAAUUUCGGGUAGAGUUUUUUUUUUAUUUCUAGCAUAUCAUUUUGGUUCUUUUUUUAGGGUUUUCGUUUCUCUGCUAACAUUACUCAACAUUUAUACAUGUUGUCCAUUUUUGUCAUUAGAAGUUUCAAGAUAUCAUGAUUAUUUAAAAUUCCUGAUAUGAUAAUUCCAAAAUCUCUGCCAUACCUUAGUCUGGUUCUGAUGUUUGGUUUAUCUCUUCAAACUCCAUUUCUUCUUGUCUUUUGGCAUCUCUUGUAUCUUAGCCAACUUUUUACUAUUUUAACUAAAAUACCUGAGAGUAGAUUUUUGGGGAAGGAAAAACCUUACUUGACUUAAAUUUCGGAGUUUCACUGUUUGAGAUUAGGUGACCCUGUUAGUCUGGCAUCUGAUGGAGGCUGUCAAUAGCAGAAUGAGUGUGAAGGAACAAUGAUGUGGUCAACCUGGAGGCACAGAGAGACACUGGAACAGUUUAAAUAACCAAACCCUCUUGUGAGAACUACCUUCCGAAGGCAAGCCUUGAUUGACCUAAAGACUUCCAUCCUGAUCCAUCAACCAUUAGCAUUAAUCCAUCAACUAUUAGCAUAAGACUUUGAGGUUUUGGGGCCUGCACUGUGACCUAAUGGAUUAAGCCAAGGCAUCCCAUAUGGGUGCCAGUUAGAGUGCCGGCUGCUCCACUUUUGAUCUAGCUCCCUGCUAAUGGCCUGAGAAAGUAGCAGAAAAUGGCCAAGUGCUUGGGGGCCCUCAUCAUAUGAAAUGAAAUUCUUAAAAUUUAAAGAUUUAUUUGUUUAUUUGAAAGUCAGAGUUACACAGAGAUAAAAGGAGAGGCAGAGAGAGACAGAGAGGUCUUCCAUCCGCUGGUUCACUCCCCAAUUGGCUACAAUGGCCAGAACUGUGCCCUUCCAAAACCAGGAGCCAGGAGCUUCUUCCGGGUCUCCCACGUGGAUGCGGGGGACCAAGCACUUGGGCCAUCGUCAUCUUAUGCUGCUUUCCCAUGCCAUAGCAGAGAGCUGGAUCAGAAGCCGGGACUCCAAACAGUGCCCAUAUGGGAUGGAUUUACCCACUGCACCAUAGCGCUGGCCCCUCCAUGAAUCCUUUGAAGACACUGUGUGCAUGGAUUUCAAAAUUCUAGUGCAACAUAAACUUGUGUUUUAACUAAUUUCCACUAACUUUUUGAAAUCUCCUUAUAUUAUUGUCCCUUUUCAUUAAAAAGUAUAUCAGACUGGCCAGCGCUGCGGCUCACUGGGCUAAUCCUCCGCCUGCGGCGCCCACACACCGGGUUCUAGUCCCGGUUGGGGUGCCAGAUUCUGUCCCGGUUGCUCCUCUUCCAGUCCAGCUCUCUGCUGUGGCCCUGGAGUGCAAUGGAGGAUGGCCCAGGUCCUUGCGCCCUGCACCCGUAUGGAAGACCAGGAGGAGGCACCUGGCUCCUGGCUUCGGAUCGGCGCAGUGUGCCAGCCGCAACAUGCCAGCUAUAGUGGCCACUUGGGGGGUGAACCAACGGAAAAAGGAAGACCUUUCUCUCUGUCUCUCUCUCUCUCACUGUCUAACUCUGCCUGUCAAAAAAUAAAUAAAUAAAAAAUUAAAGAAAAUGUAUAUCAGACUACAUCACUUGGCUGCAAGUAACACCCAACUAUAUGUAAUUUAAAUAAUAGAAGUUUAUCAGUAAAUCACACAGAACAAGAAGUCUGAGGUUUAGCAAGUCCAGUCUGGAUUCUUUCUUUCCCUAAAGCCUUUAAGAAUCUAUUUUCCCCUCAUCUUCCACUAUGCAACCUUCAAUGUGUCAGGAUGUCUCUACCCAUGGUUGUAACACAACAGCAAUCAUUCAAAGCAGCACGUUCUGAUACAGCUGCAUGCAAAACAGGAAGAAAGGAUGCUGCAAAGGAAGGCAAUCCUUUACUUUUUCUCUGGGAAGAAAACUUUCUGAGAAACCCAGCAGACUUUGUCUUGCUGAUUAGGAUCCUGCCUCCCGGGCCCCUCCUAGCUUAUGUAGUGAAAGCUGAGAGAGCAAUAACUGGCAUGUCGGAUAACUGCCGGACAGAAGAAAGGUGUUUGUUGGGCUGAUGAGGGGAUGAUUUGCUGUUAGAUACUCAACCACCAUUGUGAGUUUCACAUUGGGAAUUAAUAGCGAACUUUGAUUUAUAGCUAACUUUAAUAGAAAAGAAAAGGUGAAGAAGAGAGAUAUUAACUAUACCUAUAGUAAAUCAGGUAUACGAACUGAGGAUUUUCUCCUCUCACAACUUGUCUGUUUGAUAGUUCUAGUGCUACAAGGUCUGAAGUCUCAUCAUAUGGCAGUAAUUUCCAAGUGGUUAAAGUGAAUUUGCCUCAUAUUGUUGGAAGUUUCAGAAAAUAUAUGUUGAUUUAAUAGAAGCAAGGAUAUUUCUGACACAGCUCUAAGAUGGCUGCUUUCAGAGGUUCUAAAUUAUCUGACACCGGAAUAUGUAAACAGCACUUUAGGGACAACAGUAAUCUAUACAUCCUGAACCCAGAAAAACUUAGAUUCAUCUCAAAAGCCAAAUUUUGUAAAUGGAAUUUUUGUAGAGAUUAGGCAGAGAGUUAGAUUCUAUCUGUUCUUUGUAACCCUUUGUAUCUUAUUUCUUAGCAAAUAUUCAAAUAAGACCUUGGCUGUCACUAUAAUAAGAACAAAUAAAACCAUUUGUUUCAAAAAUGGGCAUGUGAAUUCUCAUAACAUUAUGUGAAUACAAUUAAGUACAAAUUUUACUGCCUUGUUAUUAUAAAACAAGGAUCUCAUAUUUAAAAGAUUAAGUAGAAUUGUUCAUAAUAAAUAGAUCUUACUGGGUCAGUGUGAGCCAGAUAGAUUAAAAAUUAUCUGUAUUAACAGGUGAUAUGUAGUUCAGUCUGGAAGUUUCAUGAAACUGCCACUUUAUUGGUGACUAGAAAGGAGGAGUGGAGAAUAAAGUACAAUAACGGAUAAAUUCCAAGCAGGAAAUAACACAUAAAAUAUAUUUGCCAGCAAGUGGGGGCAAUAGUGGAUUUUGAGAUACACAGAGAGUACAGAUUUAAUGGUAACUUGUCAUUAGACCUAGAUGGAAACUUUGUGACAGAUAUGAUCAUUGUAAUAUGCAUGUGAGUGGGGAGAGUGAGAGAGAAAAAUAGGGAGAGGAAGGGAGUGUGGUGGGGAGAGUGAGAAAGCAAGAAAGAGAGAGAAUCCUAAUAAAAACCUCGUGUACCAAGUGAAUUACAUCUUUGUUGCUCUGCCUGACACAUUUGGUCUUCUCUUCAUUUUCUCUUUCUGGUAACUCUUCUACUUCUGUUUCUCAUUUUAUCCUCCUACACUUCAAUUUUUUUCUUGUCUUUUCUUCAUCUCAUUCCUUGCCAAUGAUACCCAAGGUAUCCUGAUAUUAUUGCUUAGUGUUCCUAGUGGCUGUAAGAACAGAAAUGUCUGAUUUUGAAAAUUUGAAAAGUGCAUUCAUAGUAAUAUGUUUUUCUCCAGAAACUUUUUAUUUGAGGACUACAAACUUCAUUCAUUCAUAAAUACAACUUAAGGAACAUAGUGAGUCUUCCCACUGUACCUACCCUCCCUCCCGCACUCCCACCCUUCUUCCUCCUCCCUUUCCCAUUCUCAUUCUUAUUUUUUACUAAGAUCUAUUUUAAAUUAACUUUAUAUACAUAAAACUAACUCUAACAAGUAAAGAGUUCAAUAAAUAGGAUGGAAAAAAGAACUGUUCCCCAACAGUUAAGACAAGGGUUGUUCAAAGUCAUUGCAUCUCAAAGUAUCAAUUUCACUUCUAUAAGCAAUGGCUUUUUGUUGUCAAAUAAUAAAAAGUUAUGAAACUUAGUACAAAGAUUAACAAAUAGUUCUUGGAAGUAACCCAUAGCUGUGACUAAACUCAAGCCAUAUUUAGCUCAUAGAUAAGUCAUGUAUGUUCUCUAUAUAGUUAGUAUAGAUAAGGGGAAUGAACAUGUGUACAACUGAACAGUUAAUUAGUAAUUUAGAGGCUGGAGGAAAAAGUCCAAAAUCCAUGCUCACUUAUUUCCUAUAUAAGCUACCCACCAUCUCGGCUGACUGUCUGUCAAUUACAGUAGUCUUUUAGUGAAGUUAUCAGAACGGCUUAGAUUUCUUUCUUCAUCUCAUGAUGGUGGAUUGCAUGAUUAAACUGACUCGGAUUCUGUUCAUCUCCUGCUGUUUUCUGACUGUACAUUGUGCACAACCCAACUGUACAUCUGUGACUGACUUUGAUGAUUGUCCAGGGAUUAUAACAGAUUUCUGUCCAGAGAAUAUUGCUUGUGCAUGCAAAGAUGGAAAGCCUUAUUGCAAAUGUCCAAAUUUCAGAGGUCAGUUGGGAAACUAUUGGUAUAUGGGGGCCAAAUGUGAUCAACUCUGGAAUACUCUGGAUCUGAUUUUAGUGGCAGUAUUGCCUGGAAUAGGGCUGGCUUUAAUAGUUGGUGUAACAAUUCAGACUGUCUACUACUGUAAAAAGAAGUCAAAGAAGAAUAUAGAUGAUCAUCGUGCUAGAGAACAGCCGAGUUCCUUCAGACUUCGACCUCAGCAUAAUUCUGCAUAUGCUUUUGAUACUGAACUGAGUCCUCCUCAACUUGAUCGAGCCCAGAAUCCUUGGAGCUCAUCCCUUCAAAUGGUCUCUCCUGGAAGUCCUGUAUCUCCAUCAUCACAGUUUUCUGGAAGAAAUUACAACUUUAUUACUCAUGAACCCAAAGAAAACAAUUUUUACAUCUAUCCACCUCGUAACUGGGACAGCUCUCAAGGAACAGCCAGACCUGAAGCAAAUUAUGGGAACAAGAAUUCUUCAACCACGCACAUGAAGCCAUUCUAUAGUUUUUCUACACCAGGAGUUUUUCCAAAGUCAAGCUUUAAUCAAGGAGAGAGACAAUACUUUGGAUACCCAAGUUCUGAAGAGCCAGAAAUUCCUUAUAGGCUGGGACGUGUACAGAUGAAAUCCAACUAUUAAAUUCUCUGAAGAAAAAAAAAAUCUGCAUAUGCAUACACUUGGUAAUCUGAUCAUUUUAAAAACAUACUAGGAAUAUUUUGAGAAAACACUAUGAGUAUGAUUUAUCAAUGCUCUCAAUACUUUCUUUCUGCAUUUAUGUCAUCUAUUUUUAUCUCUUUAUUCAUUGAACUUGCCCACACCGUGAUCACAGAGCAAAACUUUCAUUUUCAACAUCCAAUUUCAUUAUCUCAGCAGGGAUGGCAGAUACUUAUUAUUUCCAAAAAUUCAGCAUAAUACUUGCUUCCUGAUUUGUGACAUGUAUCUUUAUAAAGUAUUCAGUUAAAUGCAAAGAAAAUUGGUUGCAAAUUUCUUACAGAGAAUAUUGAGUACUUUCUAGUUACUGGAUAAAACUAAGAAAGUACAUCAAAGCAUGAAAUGAAAUAAAAAUAAAAAUGAAU